UGACUGACACGAUUCUCUAGUACCGGAAGCUAUAUUCGGUUUUUGGUGACGCUGCAUUAGAUUGCAAGACAUGGCCCAAACUAGCUGGCUACGGGUGUUCCUCUUCGGCUUUGCUCUCGGAGCACAGGCACUCACACCGUCCCAUUACCUCUCCCUGUCUGAUGUGGCGAGGCUCCAGACCUUCCUCGGCCAGCACUUCACGGACCUCCAGUCCGCAUACUACUCUAUCGUCGGUCUGGCCAAGCUCGGAGCGGGUGUUGCCGACCAAGAUGAAGCAUGCCAGUUCCUUAAGGCCCAGCUCGAUCCAACAAGUGUGGACUCCCUCUUCUAUGCUGCAGUGGCCAGUCAAGCCCUAGCAGGAUGUGAGAUCCCAUUGUCCAAUGAAACCAGAGAUAUUCUCCUGGCGGCUGUGAGCGAGGACUCGACUGUGGCCCAGAUCCACCAUGCUGUGGGAGCCCUCACCUCUCUGGGCCUUCCACUGGCGUCCCAGGAGGUGGUUACCGCCCUCCGGGUGCGCAUCAACAAGGAGGAGAAUGUUGUGGCCAUUACCUUGGCCCUGCAGACUGCUGCCCGCCUCUCCCAACAGGCUGAGCUGGGGGGAUUUGUGGAAGAAAUCGAAGAUCUGACGGCUCGUUUGGACGAUCUGGGGGGCCUUUACCUGCAGUUCGAGGAGGGGCUCGAGGCCACUGCCGACUUUGUGGUGGCCGCCUACGGCUUGUCCGACCACUUGGACGUGGAGCCUCCCUUGAAAGAGGAGCAGGUCAUCCAGCUGGUGAACUCCAUCUUCAGUAAGAAGUCCUGGGACUCUAUGUCGGAGGCCUUCAGCGUGGCGGGUGCCGCCGUCGCCCUCUCCAGCAACCGCUUCCAUGUGCCGGUGGUUGUGAGAGCCGAGGGCCCGGCCACUGUGUCCCACAGCAAGCCCACCCUGCAGCUCCUGAUCACCGACGUCCUGUCUCAGCCCAUGGGGGCUGCCAGCGUGCUGGUGGAGAGCGCCACUGCCCUGGCCACCAAGAGCGUCGUCCUCAGCCAGACCCCGUUCACCCUCAGAGAUGGUCUAUUUGAGCUGAACUUCAUGUCCAGCCAGCCGGCAAGUGGCUACUACCAGUUCACCGUUGCUGUGACCGGAGACAGCCGACUAGUAGCCAAUCACGUUGAGCUUAAAGUGAAGGUGUCUACAGAGGUGGCCAUUACAAACAUGGACCUGUCCAUUGUGGAUAAGGACCAGAGCAUUGGCACAAAGACCAGCAGGGUGGAAUUCCCCUCUAAGUCCAAGGACUCCUUCACGGCCGACAGCCACCAGAACUUCGCCAUGGCCUUCCAGCUGGUUGAUGUGAACACUGGGGUGGAACUUACCCCUCAUCAGACUUUCGUCCGACUGCUGAACCAGAAGACGGGGCAGGAGGUCGUGUUUGUGGCAGAGCCGGACAGCAAGAACCUCUACAAGUUUGAGUUGGACAUGGUUGAGCGCAAGUCUGAGUUUGACUCCAUGUCGGGCACCUACUCCCUGCACCUCAUGGUGGGAGACGCCACUCUGGAGAACCCAAUUCUGUGGCACGUGGCCGAUGUUAUCCUGAAGUUCCUGGACGAGGAGGCCCCGGCUGUCAUCCAGCCCAAGACCCUCUACAUCCCCAAGCCAGAGAUCCAGCACCUGUUCAGGGAGCCUGAGAAGAAGCCUCCCACUGUGGUCUCCAAUGCCUUCACAGCCCUCAUCCUCUCUCCCUUCCUCCUGCUGCUUAUUCUGUGGAUGAAGCUGGGGGCCAACAUCUCCAACUUCACCAUGUCCCCCAGCGCCGUGCUCUUCCACAUCGGACACGCAGCCAUGCUGGGCCUUAUGUACGUGUACUGGACCCACCUCGACAUGUUCCAGACCCUCAAGUACCUGGCCAUCAUCGGCAGUCUCACCUUCCUCGCAGGCAACCGAAUGCUGGCCCAGAAAGCAGUAAAGAGAAUGGAGAAGAAAUGAGGACACACAAUUUUUAGAAGAUCCUGAGAUAAUUUCCCCCGAGGACAC